UGUGGUUGUUGAGUGUUGACCUUCGAAGCAGCGCAGGGUAGUUUAGUAAUUUUGGAUGUCCUCGCGUGGCCGGCCGUCCACGCGCCGUCUUGAUUGAUGAGAUCGCAGACGGCAUUGAUUGCUCCGAACGUUUCCGAAGAAGAAAUUACUUAUUCUGGUUCUCUUGUGAAUCUCUCUCCCUCUGAGCUCGCUUUACGAACAAGACGACAAGGAUAAGAUGAUUGCUCGUCUCUGGUGAAAUCCCCCUGAGUUUUCAAGAUUUCAGUGCUUUCGAACCUGACGAAGGCGAUUGGAGGAAUCCAAACCGUGAACCAGUGCGUCAAGGUUAAAAUUUCACUUAGUUCAGUGGAAGAUCGCGAUCCCAGUGACGAAAUCAUUUUGCUUGGAGCAUUGAUCUUUCAACCCCACCCAUUUUGAAGAAUGUUGAUAGUGUGAUCGAAUCACCUAUAUAGGCUCUGUUCUUCUUUGCUGGCAUUGGUUCCUGGUUUCUUUAGGAAAGCCAUGGCUUUGGGUUCUCCUAAAGUUUCUAUAUUUGCCGCUGGAUUUCCUCGGAAGGUGUCUACAAUUGCAAUUGCCAUCGGUGGAUUGGCUUCGUUCUUUGUUUUCGGAUUGUUGCUACGUCUCUCGUAUCCAAUCAGUUCCUCAGUUAGCGGCAUAUUUUAUGGGAUAGGGACUCUUCAACAAGUUGAAAUCCCUUUAUCUUUGAGCAACCAUACCGUAGAAGGCCUCCACACGGCGGCUAGCGACAUCUAUACUUCAGGUCAAAACCUGACUUCUCAGUCUAGCUCUGUCUCUUCUGAUGUUGUAAUCACAAAAACAACUCCGCCAGGUUUCGAUAGUGAUAGGAAGUUGGAGAAACCUUUGACAAAAGAAAAAGAGGAUACAACUGGGAAGUCUGAUGUUGGAUCAGAUGAAAGUGAAACAAAUGUUUCCAAGGCUGGUGACACUCUGAGUGCAUCAUCUUCUCCUCCACAUGAUGACUCUGAAACUACUUCAGCAGAAACAGAGUGUGACUUGUAUCACGGUAGCUGGUUUUAUGAUCCUGGGGGACCUGUGUACACGAACAACUCUUGCCCCGUCCUGACGCAGAUGCAGAACUGCCAGGGCAAUGGAAGACCUGACAAGGGAUAUGAAAACUGGAGAUGGAAACCGUCUCAGUGUGACCUUCCUCGAUUUGAUCCCAGGAAAUUUCUUGAGCUAAUGAAAGGCAAGACACUGGCCUUUAUAGGAGAUUCAGUAGCUCGUAACCAGAUGGAGUCCAUGUUGUGCCUUCUUUGGCAGGUUGAAAAACCGGUUAAUCGUGGGAGCCGAAAGAUGCAGAGAUGGUAUUUUGAGUCAUCAUCAGUGAUGAUUGCCCGCAUUUGGUCAUCUUGGCUCGUCCAUGAGUUCACCGAAAAAUUCGACUACGCUCCUGAAGGUGUCACCAAACUAAAGCUGGACCUUCCUGAUGAGCGCAUAAUAGAAGCUCUUCCGACAUUUGACGUGGUUGUCCUCUCAUCAGGGCACUGGUUUGCAAAGCAGUCUGUCUACAUAUUAAAGGACGAGAUCGUUGGAGGCCAGUUAUGGUGGCCAGACAAAUCAAAACCCAUGAAAGUCAACAACGUGGAAGCAUUCGGAAUAUCGGUUGAAACAAUCCUAAAGUCCAUGGCUACACACCCGAACUACACCGGUUUGACAAUUGUGAGAACAUGGUCACCUGAUCACUACGAGGGCGGUGCUUGGAACACAGGCGGUUCAUGCACCGGGAAAGAAGAACCCAUCCUUCCGGGGAAGCUAGUGAAGAACGGGUUCACGGAGAUAAUGCAUGAGAAGCAAGCGACAGGGUUUAACCGAGCAGUGGUUGGAGUCGCGGAGAACCAGAAGCUUAAGUUGAAGCUGAUGGAUAUUACAGAGGCCUUCGGGUAUCGCCAUGACGGUCAUCCUGGUCCGUACAGGAGCCCCGACCCAAACAAGAUCACAAAAAGGGGACCGGAUGGUCGGCCUCCGCCUCAGGACUGCUUGCACUGGUGCAUGCCCGGACCGGUCGAUACAUGGAACGAAAUGGUGUUGGAGCUCAUAAGGAGAGACGUGGAAGGCAGGAAAAGGAAAAACUCAUCAUCUUGACAUGGUCUGAAACGCAAGGCAGAGAAUAUUACACGAGUUAGUGUACUAGAUUCUUAAUCCAUAAUAAACCAAAUAUAAAUUCACUUGUAGAUUUUUGUCAACCACGGUGAGUUAGUAUUAGGAUUGUUUCGGAUGUAUUAGUCCCACUAUACUUUUUGGUUCGCUUGUGCCUUGCGAUUGAAAGCUAUUUUUGUUUUCUCUUCUAAAUAUUUCGGAGGUAUGAGUUGAGGUUUGUUCCUGCGAGGACAGAAACCGCAUAAAUUACGGGAUAAAACUGAAUUUAACUAGUCUCUGCUUCUAGUUGUGUGAUGCUAAAAGAGACUUGGGUUAAAAAAGGAAAAUUAUGUAUAGAUUUGGGGGUUUUUGUGCAAAAAAAACAAAGUAGCUGCGUAAUAAUCGCUCAGCGCACCCAACGACUCGUUUCUUGGAGUGAAAAUGGCGUCGUACACGCUCUCCUUUAUCCCUUUGACGGUCUCUAAUCCUCGGAUCUUUGUUUCGAGAGCGAAUGGAUCUCCCUCGUCUUCUUCUUCCCAGAUUCCUCUUACUUCUCUGUUCGGUAAGAAGCUUCUGGUGACACAACCGCCGCGCCGCUGCUUCGUCCCCAAGCACCGGUGCUUGACCUCGGCCAGCACGGUCUUUAGCGUCCCGACUGCGCAACCGGAGAAUGGUUCUUCGGAUAAGCUCCCAAAAUGGUCGGCGAGAGCGAUAAAAUCACUUGCAAUGGGGGAGUUGGAAGCUAGGAAGCUCAAGUAUCCAACCACCGGGACCGAAGCCAUUCUCAUGGGUAUUUUGGUCGAAGGCACUAGCACAGCUGCUAAGUACCUGAGGGGGAAUGGAGUCACACUUUUUAAGGUGCGUGACGAGACGAUAAACCUGCUGGGUAAAUCAGACAUGUACUUUUUCAGCCCAGAGCAUCCUCCUCUAACUGAACCGGCUCGAAAGGUCAUUGACUGGGCCAUUGAUGAGAAGAAGAAAGCUGGUGUGGAUGGGGAACUAACCACGGCCUACUUGCUUCUGGGGAUUUGGUCUCAGAAGGAUUCAGCAGGCCGCCAGAUUUUGGAGACGCUCGGGUUUAACGAAGAUAAAGCCAAAGAAGUUGCUAAAUCAAUGAAUGAAGAUGUAGAUUUGAGCUUCAAGAAACAAGGUCAAUAGUGAUGGAGUUUUAUUUCAGUCAGCAAAGCUCGAACAAGACAGUCUCAGGCCUUUUGAUUAUCAUUUUCUUCCAAUACUUGGUUGUAGUUAAGUUUUAAUUUUUUUUUGCAUCAUAUAGCUUUUCUGCAUUAUCACAAUUCACAACUCCAAGAAAGUAAUUCACUGCUUUGCUUCACGGAUAGGUACUAAAACUCAUAUCCACCGAGUGAUUAUUGACAUCUUACUCUCUUAUAUAUUAAUGUUAUAUCGUGAAGUAUUAUUCUUAUUGCUACUUUAUGACUCUUUUGGUUGCAUAAAUAAUUUAUGGACAAACUUUGACUUGGAUCCUUCUGCUUGGACUCAGGGGGUUUCCGUCAAAAAAAAAAAAGGAAGCAUAUAUAAAUCACAGAAAGAUCUUAAAGAACAUCAAAAUUAUAUCUAAGAUCUAAAGUACAUGACUAAAUCCUCUGCAACUUCUCUGCUCUGAUCAAAGGCAACUGUCUGGCCAAGUCAAGCCGCCCAGAUUGUUUGAAAUCGAAGAGACAAGAAUGCUCCUCCGGAUAUCGAUGGGAACCGCAAAACAUGUGUCCGCAUUUGCAGUUGAAACCCAACAUCCCAACCUUCCUCUGACACUUGCCGCAUCUCUGUUUGAUUACGACAGGUUCUUCCGCAGCGACGGGACUACUAGUAGGAGGGCAAACCGUUGAUGGCUUGGUCUCGGGUUCGAGUCUGAGAGCGGCCAGUUGUUUACGGACACUCUCUUUGUAGCAGAGGGAGCAUAGAUUGUUGUUCUUUCGGGUGCCGAAGAGUCCACAGCCUCCGGCGCAUGGUACUGCUUCUGUUUCGCUAACAUUCAUCAUCUUCGCAUUCAUCAUCUUCUUCGUCUUCUUGAGCUUUAAGUAGCCUUGGGAAUUCCUCGUUGAAUUUUGUGAGACGCAAUUCAAGAUAUGUGUGUGAUGAUUCCUCAACGAUUCUAUAUAUAUAGAGUAUGAUGAUUGAUUGUGCUAUGUGCACUAGUGUUUCCUUUUCAUUGUGAUAAGAAAUUAUUAAUGUUUCUAAUUUUG